UCUUAUGAGGAUGGGGGUAGGGGUGGGGGUAAGUGCGUGAAUUCGAUUGUUGUGAGGGAGAGAAAGUCUUCCCCUUCCGCACCUUUCCCUCCCUCCAAUUCUUCCGAAACUAUGCUGCCGCCGCCGCCGCCGCCGCUGCUGCUGCAAGAAUCUAGGGUUUCGGUGCUUUCUUUGAUUCUCUCUUCUCCACUCUUAAUAGCCUCUACGAUCCGCAGCUAGAUCGCAGGAGAGUCUUACAGCUGCGAAGAACAUCUGGUAUGUUUACUUCUGGGUCUAGGGGAUUGGGGCUUCCUUCUUUGGUUUUGGGAGGUUGUGCCUAAGAUGGAGGAGGUUGAAGAAGCGAACAGGGCAGCUGUGAAGAGCUGCCACAGAGUGCUCAACCUCCUGUCCGAUCAGACUCAGUCUCAGUCUCAGUGGAGAAACUUGAUGGUGGAGACUGGAGAAGGUGUGUUUAGGUUCAAGAGAGUGAUCUCCCUUCUCAACAAAGGCCUCGGUCAUCCCAGAAUUAGGAAGUUGAACAGACUUCACCACCCCCCGUUGCCCCUAAGCAUCCUGUUAGACAGCUCUCUUACAAGCACUGACCCUUCGCGAUUGAAUAAUCUCCAUUUCUUAUUACCUUCUUCCACUUACCCCGUGAGCUACCCCGCUGGAAGCUCACUCCAAGAACUCCGUUCCCACCCCAAAGGGUCGUUUUUCCCGACUCUGGAGUUGAGCUCCAACGGCCCAGGUGGGAAAAGCCCUCUCCAGUUUGGCCAGCUGCACCCAGGACCAUCACCGGCACAACUCCACUUCCUCCAGCAGCAGAAACUUCAGCACAUGUACGGAAGCAGCAACAGCGGCAUAAGCUUGAAUUUCGACAGCUCUAGCUGUACUCCCACCCCCACCCCCACCCCCCCCAUGUCCUCCACCAGAUCCUUCAUCUCGUCCCUCAGUAUGGAUGCAAGUGUUGCUAAUAUGGACGCGAGUUCCUUCCAUUUGAUUGGGGCUGCUCGAACCUCUGACCAGAACUCGCACCACAAGAGGAAGUGUUCUGGCAGGGGAGAGGACGGGAGUGUUAAGUGCAGCAGCAACAGUAGGUGCCAUUGCUCCAAGAAAAGGAAACAUAGGGUGAAGAGAUCAAUUAAGGUGCCUGCUGUUAGCAACAAGCUCGCUGAUAUCCCCCCCGAUGAUUAUUCAUGGAGGAAAUACGGGCAAAAGCCCAUUAAGGGCUCUCCUCACCCUAGGGGAUACUACAAAUGUAGCAGCAUGAGAGGAUGUCCUGCGAGGAAGCAUGUCGAGAGGUGCUUGGAAGACCCUUCAAUGCUCAUAGUCACUUACGAAGGUGAACAUAACCACCUGCGAGUGCUUUCCCAAUCUGUUGAUAACUGAGCCAGAAAGGAAUGGUAACGAGGAAGAAAGGAAAAGAGCUUUACCUGUAAAUCAUCGUGAUGAUGGUGGUGAUCCGUUUGCAAUUGCUCCUGUACAUAUUUUAUUUUGUUGUGAUUUCAGCCAUGGCAUGUCAAUGAUAGAGCAUUGAAUAGUUCACAGGCCCCAAGAAAUGGCGCGGGGCCGACUUUACCAUCGGUCGGGUUAGCUUAACGCUGCGGCCUGACUUCACAGUACUCGAAAUAGGAGUCAGGGGUUACUUUUGUUCUAAUGUUGUAAAAGCUAUCUAAUCUUUUGUUUUAUAUGGAGCCCCUGUUUUGUGUAAAACUAAAUUAUCAAAUGCUAUAGUCAGUUGAAGGGUCUGGUUAGUUCUUUUUGCUUCC